AUGUUCACAAGUGCAAAAUCAAGAAAUGCCACAUUCAGGAGACGGUAUUCGGUGCGGCUGGACUCAGACAACUGGGGCCCUGGCCAGCAGCAGCAGCAGCAGCAGCAGGGCGGCAGCCCGCGCAGCCCCCAGCGACCAACGCCGGAGGACGCGCCGGGUCCCGGGCCACCUCUGGAGGUGACGGUGCGCCGCCUUGCCGAAAGGAGGCCGCCAUCGUGUCGCCGAAGGCUCAGCAGCGGCAGUGGCGCCUCCAACGGCGCAGCCACCCCCGCCGCCGACGCGCAGCCCAGCAGACAGCUAUUCUCCAGUGCCUCCAGCAGAGGCUACUCGAUGCCGGCGCGGCCGCUCACACGAAGGAAACGCGCAGCGACGAGGACGGCUCCGCAGCAGCGCGGGUUCUCCAGGGAGCAGACACCAGCCAGCAACGCCAGCACAGGCAGUGGCAGCCAGAGCCCGGGCCGGCUGUCGGUGCAGUGCCUGGAGCUGUCGACGACGCAGCAGCGGGUGAGGGCUGGCGCCGCCUGCCUGCUCGAACCUCGCGUCGUGCUGUCCGCCGCCAGGGCCUCUCGCAAUAGGGGCUCGCGCCAGGCAGCGCAGGCCCAGGCGGGUGGCAGGGAGCACGGAGAGAACAGCAGCAGCGGCAGCAGCAGCAGCGGCAGCGAGGCGGACUGCAGCCUGUGCCUGCGCAGCCAGUGCAGCUGCAGCGGCAGCGACGGCGACGGCGAGGCGGCGCCCGUGUCGCCGGCCACGGCCGUGGACGCGCAGCUCGCGCUGCAGUGCACGCGCCUGCAGCUGGCGCCGCGCAGCCGCCCGCCGUCGCAGCACCGGCCCACGCCGCGACGGCCCUGA